UAUAGUGCCAGAGAGCUUUAAUACGGGAGGGAGUCGGGUCGAAUGAGCUAUUGGGGUUCCCAAAUAACGGGGACAAACAGACAGACAAAAAGACACACAGACGGAUGGACGGACAGAUAGGCAAGUGAUCCAAAAAAAUAAUACAGCUACGGGUUCCGCGUUCUUUUUGUUUUGUUUUCAUCCUUUAUUUAUUUAUUUGCUUUAUUUAUUUAUUUAUCGAUUGAUUGCGUUUUAAUUACUACCUUGUGACAGAGAGGGAGGAGGAGCGAAGGCCAAGCGAGCACGUUGUGCAGCCUUACUAAUUGUUUAUUUAUUUGUUUAUUUAAAUAAGAUAAGAUUAAUUAGGUUAUUUAAUUGCAUUUCAAACACAAAUAGCUGCUUUAUGUGUGCAUGUGUGUAUGUGAGAAAGAGCUAUAGUAAACGGCUAGAAACCAAAUAAAUGAACCAAAAACACAAAUCCAAAUAAGAACACAACAGCUGCUGGCCUUUACGCGGAUGCCAGUGCGACGACAUUUCGUCUUUUUAUUAUACAUGAGAUUAAUAAUAAUAGUUUUAUUUACAAGCGAAAACCAAAGCAAAUCCGAGCGGAGGAUGCGAAGGGGAGGCCAGCGACUGUUACGCUGACUGCUCUCACGUCUAUCUCAACAGGGCAAACAGGAAAAAAAGAAUAAAAAGAGAAACGAAUAAUAGCCUACUGUGGGAAAUUAAGAAAUAGCCUAUAUCAAACGGUUCUUCUAUGGGUUGUAGCUUCCUAUCUACGACGGGACCUCCGAUACAGGCGAGAAACAACUACACGAACACUGAUAAUAAUAAUAAUAAUAAUAAUAAUAAUAAUAAUAAUAAUAAUAAUAAUAAUAAUAAUAAUAAUAAUAAUUACCAAAACAACAUCGCUACCGUUAAAGAAAAUAGGGUAUCCCGACUAUCCGUCUGUGUGUUAGUCUGGGCUGAGAGCGGUUAUCUUUAAUUACAACACACCCAAGGGACCAUCGAAUAUAUGUAUUCUAUACAAUUUUACAACAAAAAAGACAUACCGACACCAAACAGACGUCCAAAAAUGUAAAUACAACUAGCCUGCAUAGAUUUGUACGUUAGUUCGACGAAUUAGGCUACUGCGAAUUUUUUCAAGUUUUCGAAACCAAAUAUCAUUCAAACGCGGUCUACCUGGAAAACAGACGAAGAAACAGAGAAGAAGGAAAACAGAUCUGUGUUAUUAUUGCUGUAAUUAUUUCAAAAUCAGAAGACAGAGGAUCAUGUUUGUUCCCUUGCCGGUGCCGUUCGUCUUUCAGAGAACUGCUUCCGACUUCAACGCCUGGCGUCUCAAGUCCCCCCUGGCUCCGCGUUCCAACUCCGAUAUCAGGAUGUCAAAGCCAGUAGAGGUUGAGAAGCCAGGGGCAGACUCUCCAAUGGAGAGCACAGACUCAGAGAGAAAUGGUCCCGAGUCCAACCAUCAGGCUCAGCCAAUGAAAAUCAGUCCCUUCUCCCUCUCGCCCACUCUCAGCAGCGCCAAGGGUAAGAUGGACGAGUGUGCGGAGAUGUCCCCGGCUCCUGCGCCCGCUCCGGCCCCCACCCCCACACAGACGCCCCUCCCGCACACACAGCUCAUGCUGACUGGCAGUCAGUUGGCUGGGUUGACUGCGCUCCUGCCUGCGCAGCAGCAGUUGCUACUGCAGCAGGCUCAGGCUCAGCUUCUGGCCGCGGCCGUCCAGCAGUCAAACGCAGCCCACGCAGCCCACGCAGCCCACGCAGCUCAAGCAGCUCAAGCAGCUCAAGCAGCCCACGCAGCUCAAGCGGUGGCGGCAGCCAAUCAGCAGCAGCAGCAGCAACAGCAGCAGCAGCAGCAACAACAACAGCAACAGCAGCAGCAGCAGCAACCGCAGCAGCAGCAGCAGCAGCAGCAGCAAAGUCAGCAGCCAGCGCAGUCACAGGCACACAGCACACAGGAACAAACCGGUGCCCAAGCCCCGCCCCCUCCGCCCCAGCUCACCCUCUCUCAGCCAAUUCAGCUCACCGCCCAGGACAUUCAGCAGCUGUUGCAGCUGCAGCAGCUGGUCCUGGUGCCGGGGCACCCCCUGCAGUCGCCUGCGCAGUUCCUCCUGCCGCAGGCGCAGCAAGGGCAGCAAGGUCUGCUAUCGACACCAAAUUUAAUUCCGCUACCUCAGCAAAACCAAGGGGGCCUCCUGUCCGCUCCACCCAGACUGGGGCUCCAAGCACAGAGGGACAAGGGUGUGGACGGCGGCGUGAGCUCGGGGACCUCUGUGGCCUCUCACCCCGAGGAGCCCAGCGACCUGGAGGAGCUGGAGCAGUUUGCCCGCACCUUCAAGCAGAGGAGGAUCAAGCUGGGCUUCACACAGGGUGACGUCGGGCUGGCGAUGGGGAAGCUGUACGGUAACGACUUCAGCCAGACCACCAUCUCCCGCUUCGAGGCCCUCAACCUGAGCUUCAAGAACAUGUGCAAGCUGAAGCCCCUGCUGGAGAAGUGGCUGAACGACGCGGAGACCAUGUCCAUCGACAGCACGUUGCCCAGCCCCAGCUCCCUGUCCUCCCCCUCCCUGGGCUUCGAGGGGCUGCCGGGCCGCCGCAGGAAGAAACGCACCAGCAUCGAGACCAACGUGCGGGUGGCCCUCGAGCGCAGCUUCAUCGCGAACCAGAAGCCUACCUCAGAGGAGAUCCUGCUGAUCGCGGAGCAGUUGAAUAUGGAGAAGGAGGUGAUCCGGGUCUGGUUCUGCAACCGGCGCCAGAAAGAGAAACGCAUCAACCCUGCCAGCGCCACCCCCCCUUUGCCCAGUCAGCCCCCCCCUGCGACGCACAAACCCCCCUGCUACAGCCCGCACAUGAUGUCCAGUCAGGGACUGUCCCAGGCCGUCACCAGCCUCAGCACAACAGUGACCACAAUGUCGUCAGUUUGUCCUCUGACCCCCAGCGGUCCUGCCACCCUCAGCUCCGCCCCUUCCCCAGUGACCCCGCCUCCUCGCAGCACAGCUAGCCCCGCCCCCCCCAGCCACAGCACACUGGGCCUCAACACAGGCUUGUGGCGUGUGGGUAAAAAGAACGGUGACGUGUCUAACUACAUCACCGAUUUCGCUGCAAACUUGAGGAACACUAUGAUGGGAGUUAACACAGGGAUGAACCAAGCUCUCAUCAGCAACAACCCACUGGCUACUAUACAAGCCCUGGCGGUCAGUGGUGGCCAGCUGCCCAUUUCCAGUCUUGAGGGGGGCAGUAAGGUGUUGCUGGGCAGCGCGGGCAGCUCGGCGGGCAGCCUCCCGUCCUCCCUCUUCCUCAACCACUCCGCCCUCCUGCCCAUGGCCCCGGGCGCCAGCGUGGGGCUGGUCAGCGCCGCCGUGGCCAAAGCCGCCAAAGCCUCGUCCUUCCCCGCCGCCAGCAGCAUGAGCCCCGCCUCCUGCUCCCCCUCUUCCUGCUCCAGCCCUGCCUCUUCCUGCUCCUCCAGCGAAGCGGCGCACAGCCCGCCCGCCCUGGGAGGAGCCAAGACCGAGUGAUGCACCAAAAAAGGGCCAAUCACAGGGGAGGAGGAGAAGGAGGAAGAAGAGGAGGAGGAGGAGGAGGAAGAGGAGGAGGAGGAGGAGGAGGAGGGAGAGGAGGACUUAGAAAACCUCGCCUUUCAACCAAAGCUGUCUCUCUCUCUCCCUCCAUUUCUUGCUUUCGCUCGCUCUCUCUCAGUCUUUCGAAGCCAAAAAUACACAGUAUGAAAGAGAGGAGAGAGAGGGAGGGAAACAGGUGGAGGAGGGAAAAGGGGGAAAGGGGGAGAUUUAAACCAAAAAAAUGAUCUAUCUACACAGAUGGAGAGGAGGCAUUGUGGGACUUUUUUGUCAACGAAGAAUGGCAACACACGUUGUCUCUUUCCUGGGGAAAAAAAGGAAUGAGGAACAGGGACUGGGGGAGGGGAACGAGACGCGUGGCGACUUUCGCCAACCAAAAAUGACAAAAAAAACUUUGCUGUGUGUAACAGGAUGGUGGCAAGGAUAAACAUGAAAGACUUUUUUUUUUUAAAAAGCUGCAGGGGACAGAAAGAAGAGGAUUUUAAACCAAAAAAAAAUGGAAAGAAAAACACACAAUGACAAAAAAAAAAAACGACAACCAUGCCAAAAUCCCAAAUACCAAAAACCAAAACCAAAAAUACGGAGAGAAAAGCUUUACCCAAAGGACCUGUAAAUACUGACCCGUCCAGGAUCAGAGCUCAGCCACUCCGCACCACACAACGAGCAUCCACGCCAAAACCAUUUCAUCUGGUCAUUCUUUGCUUCAUUAUGUGUUUAUAUUUCUCUAUUACUUUUUUUUUUUUUACUUUACAGUACAGCUUUUAAUUUUUUUGCCACGGAUAUUCAGAUGAUUCUUAUAUAAAUAAGAUAUAAAUAAUUCUUAUUGAGCCGAGCUCAGAUACGUGUUGGUGUCUGUGUCCAUGCCACUGUCUCUCUCUGGACCUACCUCUGCUUUUAGCUCUCUAACAUUUCUUACUCACUCUCUCUAUCUCUCUCUCUCUCUCACGCACACACACAUGAAGAAUGGUUGGACAUUCCCAUCCUUUUUUAUUUUCUAAAAGUUUUGACAAAGUAUAAUUCUCGAUUAGUAACUUAUUUAGUUUAUCUUCCCAUAUAUAUUUAUUUGCGCAACGUUUGUUUUCCUUUCAAUCAUCGUCAUCACCGUCGUUCAUCAUGUUAUUUAUUUUAAGUGUCCACCUUUAUCCAACCAAUAAGAUGCAGGAUAGAGAGAUAGGGAAAAAAAGGCCUCGAUUCCUCUUUUUCAAAAAAAAAAAA